UAAGGAUUCCCGUCCCGUCUCCCUCUCUCUCUCUCUCCCCCGGCGCAUAAAACCACGACCAUCCACACCUCACUCACUCCCGGCCAAGCCACAAAUCACCCAAACCCCAAAAGCAAAAAUUCUCUCUAAACAAACCCAGGAAAUGCCCGCCCCGGCCACAAAAGCAGCUCCCCCCUGCCGCCCCGCCCCCGCCCCCGCCGCCGCCGCUAAAUAGUGCCGCCGCUCCGCCCGUUUCAUGGGUGCCGCGCGUCCACGGCGCUGGAGGUUCCCCUUCCAACGCAGCGCGCCCUCCUCCCCCUCCUCCAAGUCCCUGCCGCCGGCCCCCUACUCGCCCGCGCGCUCCGCGGCGGCCGCGUACCCGGAGCCGGACCGGAAGUGGGAGGAGGAGGCCGCGCCGCCGGAGUUCGUCUGCCCGCUCUCGGGCGCGCUCAUGGCCGACCCGGUCAUCCUGCCCUCCGGUCAGACGUACGAGCGCGCCUGCCUCCAGGCCUGCGCGGAGCUCUCCUUCUUGCCCCCCGGCGCGGGCUCGGGUUCUGAUGCGUUGAUACCAAACUCAGCCCUCAAGGCGGCCAUCGGCACUUGGUGCGCCCGCUCCGGCCGCGCGGCGCCUCGGCCGCCGUCCAAAGAAGCUGUCCGGGAGGCCGUGCUCCGCGCGAUGCCUCCGGCCGCGGCUGCCGCGGCCGAGGCCAAGUCCGUUAGGACUAGAAGGGCGGCGAUGGCGAGCUCGUCCAAUUCAUCCUACUCCUCCCCGGCGUCCGCCGCGUCGACGUCCACGUAUACGUCGUCCUCGGAGAUCACACCCGCGGAGGAGGAUGUGGCUGCGAAGACAGUCAAGGAGGCCGUGAAGGAAGUGACCCAGCUGGAGUUGCCGGUCGACCCGUUGGAGGAUGAGGUGGUCGCGAUCGUAAUGGACGCAGACGAAGAUGGAGAGGUGGCGGCCGCGUUGGCCGUCCUCCGGGACGCCACCCGUGAGAGCGCCGAGCGUCGGCUCGCGCUCUGCACGCCGCGGCUGCUCGCGGCGCUCCGGCGUGUGCUGCUAAUCCCGCGGCACGCCUCCGCGCGGGUCGACGCAACGGCGGCGCUGGUCAACCUCUCCCUUGAGCCGGCGAACAAGGUACGCAUCGUCCGCGCUGGCGCCGUGCCGGCGCUCGUCGAGGUGCUCCGCUCGGGCGGCUCGGUGCCGGAGGCGCGCGAGCACGCGGCGGGCGCGCUCUUCGGGCUGGCACUCAACGAGGAGAACCGCGCCGCCAUCGGCGUGCUGGGCGCGGUGCCUCCCCUGCUGGACCUCCUCACCUCCCCCGCCCACCACCCGCGCGCGCGCCGCGACGCCGGGAUGGCGAUCUACCACCUCUCGCUCGCCGCCGUCAACCAGUCCAAGGUCGCGCGCUUCCCGGGGGCCUCCAAGGCGCUCCUCAGCGUCGCGUCCAGCGCCGCCGAGCCGACGCCCAUCCGCAGGCUGGCUCUCAUGGUGAUCUGCAACGUGGGCGCCUGCUCGGAGGGCCGCGCGUCGCUGAUGGACGCUGGCGCCGUCGCGGCAGUGUCCGGCAUCCUCCUCUUCCCCCACGACGACGCCACCCGCCUCACUCUCGCCGAGCUGGAGGAGUGGUGCGUGGCGGCGAUCUACGCGCUGAGCCGCGGCAGCCUCCGGUUCCGCGGCCUGGCGCGCGCGGCGGGCGCGGACAGGGCCCUCCGCCGCGUGGCCGAGGAGGGAACCCCCGGCGGAGUCCGGCGCGAGAUGGCGAGGAAGACGCUCCGCGCCAUGCGGGGCGACCUGGACGAGGAGGCGGACCUGACCGGCAGCAGCCUGGAGUGCGGCGACGGCGACGACUGCGGCGGGAGCAUCGUGUCGGACGGGCUCAUGUCGUUCCGGCGGCGGCAGCGCGAGGUCGGGGCCUCGUCGUGCGGCAACACCGCCGAGUUCUGAGCCGAUUCCGUGCCACCAUUGUAUGUAAAAAAAACCGCUUGCUCAAUUAGCGUUAGACGUUGGUGCCACUGCCACGAGAGGAUCAAUCCCCUCCUUCGUUUUGGAACUGUGAUUGUCGAUGAAAGUGCAAUGAAGUUGUUCAAAUGUCGUCGUCCUCGUGUGCUCCGAGCUCGUGCUGGGGUGUGUCAUGGAGUUUGCUGGCCCGUUCGUCGGCUCGUGUGCCGGACAAACGAGGAGCUGGUUGGACUUGGUUGGUCAGACGUUGCUUGCAAGCCAGAGCAAUCCUUUGUUCUCUCCGUACUCGCAGUCGCGGACACACUCCCAGAAGAGCAUGAGUGACAGGUAUAUUAUUGUUUUUUUAUAGGCAGGACCGACCUCAUGUCCUCAUGCGUGCUGUUUCCACCUGUAAAUAAAACCAUCUUUCUUUC